UUCCUGGUUGUGUGUCUGUCUGGAAGAGGCUCGAGGCCGGGAGUAGCGCUAGGAAUUCCUGCGUGACCUACCACCACUGUCACUGUCACCACCGUACGGAACCACUUCUAGAGGGGAGUAGACCCGGCCUGUCGCCGGGCAGAGAAGAUGUUACCCUUGUCCAUCAAGGACGAUGAAUACAAACCACCAAAGUUCAAUCUGUUCGGCAAGAUCUCGGGCUGGUUUAGGUCUAUCCUUUCGGACAAGACGUCCCGGAACCUGUUUUUCUUCCUGUGCCUGAAUCUCUCUUUCGCUUUUGUGGAACUGCUCUACGGCAUCUGGAGCAACUGCUUAGGCUUGAUUUCCGACUCUUUUCACAUGUUUUUCGAUAGCACUGCCAUUUUGGCUGGAUUGGCAGCGUCUGUUAUUUCCAAAUGGAGAGAUAAUGAUGCUUUCUCUUAUGGGUAUGUUAGAGCGGAAGUUCUGGCUGGCUUUGUCAAUGGCUUAUUUUUGAUCUUCACUGCUUUUUUUAUUUUCUCAGAAGGAGUUGAGAGAGCAUUAGCCCCUCCAGAUGUACAUCAUGAGAGACUACUACUUGUUUCAAUUCUUGGGUUUGUGGUAAACCUAAUAGGAAUAUUUGUUUUCAAUCAUGGCGGUCAUGGACAUUCUCAUGGCUCUGGCCAUGGACAUAGUCAUUCCCUCUUUAACGGUGGUUUAGAUCAAGUACAUGACCAUGGAGAUCAUUGUCAUAGUCAUGAAUUGAAACAUAGUGCUACACAGAGCCAUGAUCAUGGUCACGGACAUGGACAUGGACAUGGGCAUGGACACUAUCAUUCUCAUGAUGGCCCCUCGUUUAAAGAGACAUCAGGACCCAGCAGACAGAUUUUACAAGGUGUUUUUUUACACAUUCUAGCAGAUACACUUGGGAGUAUUGGUGUAAUUGCAUCUGCCAUCCUGAUGCAAAAUUUUGGUCUGAUGAUAGCAGAUCCUAUCUGCUCAAUUCUUAUAGCCAUGCUUAUAGUAAUAAGUGUUAUUCCUCUUUUAAGAGAGUCUGUUGGAAUAUUGAUGCAAAGAACACCUCCUCUGCUGGAAAGUACUCUGCCUCAGUGUUAUCAGAGGGUGCAGCAGUUGCAAGGUGUUUACAAUUUGCAAGAGCAGCACUUCUGGACUCUGUGUUCUGAUGUUUAUGUUGGAACCUUGAAAUUAGUGGUAGCCCCUGAUGCAGAUGCAAGGUGGAUUCUAAGCCAGACACACAAUAUUUUUACUCAGGCUGGAGUGAGACAGCUUUAUGUACAGAUUGACUUUGCAGCCAUGUAGUAGUGAAUGAAAAGAAAUGAUGCUUUUUUUCCCCCCACCAAAUUUUUCUGGUACUGUACAAUCCAAAACAUUUUACUCUUCUUUUUAAAAUGGUUCAUCACUACAAAACCC